UUACCGAAUCCCUAAUGUUUGUUCCAGUUUCCAAUCCUCCAUUUAAAUAGGUUUAAUGUCUAUUAAGAAUAUGAAUAUUUUUUUGUCCUCAAGAGAAAUGGACAUCAGGGAAAGAGUGCCUUUAAUUCUAUGUCUGCAAACUCACUUUAAAAAUGUAAUCGUCCUCACUUCUCUGACUAGAGACUUCACACACCCUGUAGGCCUGUUUCUUUUUUGAGAGCUCAUUGAUGGUCUAAUUAAAUUUGUCAAUUUCCCUUGCAGCCUCACUCAUGACCAUCCUAUGAUUCUGUUUCUGUCCUGUAAAGACCUCUCGAAAACAUUCAGCAUUGACUGAACUAGUUGCGGCUACGACACUGCAGAAUCAUCAUGCAUUUCUCUAACUUGCUCUUUAUUGGUAUUGUGACAUUAGGAACAUCUGAAUUCUGCUCCGCAGGACCUCUACACGCACAGUGCAAAGUCGAGUGGUAUUUCAGCCUUCCUUGCAGGAGUGUGUAUAAAGCUCUGGUCACACAGAUUAAAAAAUGGAGGACAACCUCGACCUGUGCCAUGGGAGGAGAGAAGUGUCUCUACAAGUCUGCAUCUGUGCACUUCAUAUCAGCCAAACACACAACGCCAGUCAAAAGAUAUGUUGAUGACAUCAACUUCAGACUCGUCUCCUAUGGAUUCUUUACACAUUGCCAUGUAUCUGCCAUGUCAGUGUCAGAGACCUGGUAUGCUGUCACAGAUCACGGCACCAACUAUUGUAACCUCUACAACUUAAUGGAAGGCAGUGGUCUUACUGAAGCUCCAGGAUAUAAAGAGAUCACCAGUGACUUCCUGUGCACUCAACGCUCAUCUGCUAACUGUACCGUCUACUAGCACUGAAACAUGUUCAUACUUUUUUAUAUCGAAAUUGGAUUUUGUGGCUUUUACACUCUAAGAAAUAAAGGUUCAAUGGUUUCUAUACAGAA